AUGCCGCCUGUGGAUGAGACUCGCUUCCGGCGGGGGGGAGGGCGCGAGGAGACCAUGAUACCCAUUUUCAGGUGGGUCAACCGAGACCCCCUGCGAGAGCUGACAGCCACCUGCCACGCCCACGUGUUUUCAGAUGACCCACUGACUGUAUCUGUCGGAGGGGGAGGUUCGUGGAGGGAAUGGGUGACGUGGGCAUCGCCGGCCAAAGUGCAGAAGGGCAGGGCAGGUGGCCCAGGGGCCCCCAGGGGAGGUACCGCCGCAGCCCGGAGCCCAGGUCGCCGCGCUGAAGGGUUCCACCAAGCAGCAGACUUCCCCGAGGAGGGACCCGGGAGCCCCGGGCCCGCGUCCCUGCCGCCCACGCCGCAGCGCGAGCGGCUCCCGGAGAGCGUCCCCCGCCUUCCCGCUGUCCCCCGCGCCCGAGGGCCCGCGGCCCCGAGGACACCGAGGACACCUCUCGGUGGCGGCCGGGAGGAGGCGGGAGGGACGGGGCGGGCCGCGCGGGACCCGGAGCUAGGCCCGGUGCUCGGCGCUGGCGCGGCGGCAGGACGCACGCCAAGUGCAGACCCUUGCGGAGCGUCGUGGGCCCGGGGACGGAAAACGUGCUUCCACACGGGGACGCUGCCGGAGAAGUGCACGCUGAUGCACGACACCGGGAGGCCGCGGGGCGAGCAUGCGCGGCGCAGGGUUUGCGAUCGGCGCCUAGUUCGGGGGCGGGGGGCCAGGCAGCCCUCGCUGACAAGGCGACCUUUGGGCGAAGACCCGAAGAGCCUCCCUGCAUCGAUCUGCCCGCUGGAGGGAACGAAGGCUGAGGCACUAAGGUCAACCACGUGGGUGCUCCAUACCUACGGGACCCACCCCCAAUAAAAACCCUGGACACCGAGGCUCAGGUGACUCUCCAGGCUCCCUCGUAGCCCACCAGAAAAGUCGGGAUCACUUCACUUUUAAAAGACGUCUCCUGGUGCAUUAACAAAAAAUGAAGACGUGUGGAAACAUUUUGAGCUCGCGCUACCUGGUGGUAUAAUUUGAUCAGUUACGUGUAACAAGCGAAAGUGGAAAUAAACACAUCAGGUGACACAA